AUGAGGAGCCUACCCCCCACAAUGCUAAACACACAUCCCAACCCAAGUUCUUUAUGGCACACUCCAAUCCCAUAUGUCUUUGGAGGACUAACUGCCAUUAUAGGUCUCAUAGCCUUGGCGUUAUUGGCACUAGUUUGCUCUUAUUGUAGCAACAACCAAGACAAAGAGAGUGACUCUCAAACCAAGGAACCCAUCAAGGCCUACGAAGAGAAAAUCCUUGUCAUUAUGACAGGGAAUGAGAAACCAACAUUCUUGGCUACUCCUACAGUUUUGUCUAUUUGUGACAAAGAAAAUGACAGCCUUGUACUUGUUCAAGAAAAUGAAGAUUCUUGCUCUUCACAACAUAGGUAG